ACACGUGUGUGACGAUACUGACAAUCGGUGUCAUCGAUGAUAAUCUGCAAUAAUCUCGUGAAUGACUCUAGCAUUAUUUGGUAAAAACAUUAAUUCGCCUCCUGUAUACUUUUUACUCGCGAAAAUAAACACACGUCGUCGUAUCAGUGAUAAAGAUGACGUAUCUGAGUUCGUGGGAAGAAUUCGAAAGAGGCGCCGAGAGGUUAUACCUGCAGGAUCCGAUGAACACCCGAUAUACGAUGAAGUAUUGUCACAGUAAAGGAGUCUUAUGUCUAAAAUUAACAGAUAAUCGACGGUGCCUCCAAUACAGAACAGAAAUAGCUCAGGACUUAAAGAAAAUGGAAAAGUUCAUAGGCAAUCUCAUGAGACACAUGGCAUCGAAAGACAUUUAAAUAAGAUUUGUAUGUAAGGAAUAUGUUUAUCAUGGAGACUAAAACGUACUACUUUUAUUCAACAAUAUUUUCUUCUCGCCUCACAUGAUCCAACGAUCCACAAAUAUUAUCAAUUUUAAUUAAGGUAUGAACGUUAUUUUACAUGUACAACAGCAGCAUAUAAAAUUUUCGUUUUGUAUUAAAAUUUUACGAUUGUUUUGGGUGGCUCCGUUGCCUCCUCGUUAAUGUUCUGAAACAAUCAAAUUUAUCGUGUAUAUUAAAUUAAUAUACUAUCGAUACUAUCGAAGA